GCGCGGGGGGUGCGGGGUGGGGGCGCGGGGGGCGGCAUGAACGCGGAGGAGGAGGCGGCGCGGGAGGCGCGGGGGCGGGCCGCCUGCCUAGCCGCCAACAACGCCUCGGCGCCGCCGCCAGGUCUAUACUGCGAGGGCGUGUGGGACCGCUGGCUGUGCUGGCCGCACACGCGCGCCAACACCACGGCGCUGCAGCGCUGCCCCACCUUCGUGCCCGGCUUCAGCGCCGACCGGUUCGCGCACAAGCUGUGCACGGAGGACGGCUCGUGGUGGCGGCGGCCGGACAACAACCGCCUGUGGAGCAACUACACCACCUGCGUCAACGAGGACGACGAUGUCAGCGAGAUCAUCGCGGUGUACGAGGCGGGCUACAGCGUGUCGCUGCUGGCGCUGCUGCUGUCGCUCGCCAUCCUGCUCUACUUCAAGAACCUGCGCUGCGCGCGCAUCACGGUGCAUAUGAACCUGUUCGCGUCGUUCGCGCUGAACAACGUGCUGUGGCUGAUGUGGUACGCGCUGGUGGUGCGCGCGCCGGCCACGCUGGCCGCGUCGCCCGCCUGGUGCCGCGCGCUGGCCGCCGCGCUGCAGUACGGCAUGCUGGCCACCUACACGUGGAUGCUGUGCGAGGGGCUGUACCUGCACACGGUGCUGGUGCACGCCUUCGUGGCGGAGCGGCGGCUGCUGCGCGCGCUGCUGCUGCUGGGCUGGGCGCUGCCGGCGCCGUGCGUGGCGCUGCUGGCGGGGCGGCGCGCGGCGGCGGGCGAGGCGCUGUGCUGGGCGGACGACGGCGCGCCGCGGCUGGAGGUGGCCGUGCCCGCCGUGGCCGCCGUGCUGCUGAACGUGGGCUUCCUGUGCAACAUCGUGCGCGUGCUGUGCACCAAGCUGCGCGGCGGCGCGGCGGCGGCGCGGGCCCCACCCUCGGCCACGGCGCUGCACGCGCUGCGCGCCACGUGCCUGCUGGCGCCGCUGCUGGGGCUGACCUACCUGCUGACGCCGGUGCGGCCGCCGCGGGGCGCGCGCUACUGGCUGCUGUACGAGUACGUGUCGGCGCUGAGCUCGUCGCUGCAGGGGCUGUGCGUGGCCGUGCUGUACUGCUUCUGCAACGGCGAGGUGCUGGCGCAGCUGCGCCGCCGCUGGCGCGCACUCACCUUCCGCCCGCGCGCCAACUCCACCACCAACACCACCGUCAGCUUCGUGCGGUCGGGGGGCGGCGGCGGCGCGGAGGACAAGGUGUGACUAGCGGCGGCGGCGGCGGCCGGGGGCGCUGGGGACACGGGGAGUGCGGGGGGCGCGGGGGACCCGGGGGACGAGGCGGAGGCGCGGCGCCGCUCCGACGCGCGGCACAUCCGCUUCGACCUGGUGGACAGCGACAGCGACGACCGCGAGCCGCGCGCGCGCCUGCUGUGAACACACACACUAUACUUACUUACA